AAACCAUACCAAUUUCAGUGCAAAAUUAUUGCAAGAAUCAGAUAUGUUGACUCCUUUGGUCUACGAAAACCCAACACUUAAACCCCAAGACACCCUAAGCGCCAAGAAAACUCAUCUGUCCUUGGCAAUUACAGAAGCCAAAUGCAUGGCAAACAUUGCUAUUCCAAUGAUACUAACUGGCCUGCUUCUUUAUUCACGUUCCAUGAUUUCCAUGCUCUUCCUUGGCCGCCUUGGCGAGCUUUCUCUGGCAGGUGGUGCGCUGGCUAUAGGCUUCGCGAAUAUCACCGGUUAUUCCAUUCUCUCCGGCCUUGCCAUGGGGAUGGAACCUAUCUGUGGCCAAGCCUUUGGCGCACAAAGAUAUAAGCUUCUUGGCCUGACUUUACAAAGAACUGUGCUGAUGCUUCUCUGGACAUCUAUCCCAAUUGCCUUGAUAUGGUGUAACAUGAAGAGAAUUUUGUUAGUUUGCGGCCAGGAUCAUGCAAUUGCAACCGAAGCUCAAUCCUACAUUUUUUAUUCCCUCCCUGAUCUCAUUGCUUUGUCGUUUCUCCACCCCUUGCGUAUUUAUCUUAGAUCACAAUCCAUAACAGUGCCUUUGACUUUUUGUGCGGCACUAUCAAUUCUUCUUCACAUCCCAAUCAAUUAUUUUCUUGUAGUAGUGCUCAAUCUUGGUAUCAAAGGUGUUGCCAUUAGCGGGGUGUGGACCAAUUUCAAUCUAGUAAUAUCCUUGAUCAUAUAUGUCACAUUUUCGGGCGUUGCCAAAAAGACUUGGGGUGGCAUAUCCUCUCAAUGCCUAAAGGGAUGGAGAAGUCUCAUGAAUUUAGCCAUACCUAGUUGCAUUUCAGUAUGCCUGGAAUGGUGGUGGUACGAGAUCAUGAUUUUGCUCAGUGGAUUCUUAUUAAAUCCCCAAGCCACCGUUGCAUCGAUGGGAAUUUUGAUCCAGACAACUUCUUUGAUCUACAUAUUCCCAUCUUCAUUAAGCUUUAGCGUAUCAACAAGGGUAGGAAAUGAGUUAGGCGCUAGUCGCCCCGAAAAGGCUAAGCUUGCAGCCAUAAUUGGCUUAUCUUCGAGUUUCAUGUUGGGAUUGUCGGCCCUGUCUUUUGCUAUUAUGGUAAGGAACGUUUGGGCUAGCAUGUUCACUCAAGAUGCAAGCAUUAUUGCCCUGACGUCCAUGGUUUUGCCCAUAAUUGGACUUUGUGAGCUAGGCAAUUGCCCUCAGACAACAGGUUGUGGGGUUCUGAGAGGCACGGCUAGGCCGAAAAUGGGGGCUAACAUCAACUUGGGAUGCUUUUAUCUUGUGGGAAUGCCUGUUGCAAUUUGGCUGAGCUUUUUCUUGGGGUAUGAUUUCAGAGGACUAUGGGUGGGACUGUUGGCAGCUCAGGGCUCUUGUGCAGUGACCAUGUUGGUUGUUUUGGUUCGUACAGACUGGGAUUUACAGGCCCAGAGAGCCAAAGAGUUGACUGCAACAAUUGCCAGUUUUAAUCCUAUUGACAGGAACGAAGACGAAGAUAAGUUGAGCAGUGAAAAGACUGAUCAUUCUUUGGAUUCCUCGGACUGUAGACUGAUUGAUUCUUCACCUGUUUGA